AUGUCUAGUUAUAAUUAUCCCAAUCGUCAAAUGUCUGCUGCUCAUAGUAAACGACGACAACUAUCCAGUCGUCAAAUGUCGCAUCGAACUCAAUCACCUCCAUAUGAUUAUCGAAACAAACGUCGACGACCCAGUAGUGUCAGACAUUAUCCUAAUCGUCACAUGAGUCCAAUUAGUGAUGACGAUGAAAAACCUGAUGGUUGGUGUGAUAGACCAGGAUGUUUAGGUUUAACUCGUCUGUGUUCGAUAUUAUUCUUCAGCACACUAGGCAUAAUAUGUCUAAUCGCAAUUGGAGGAAUAUUUACAUGUACACUAUUAUACAUCGAAGAUAGUAGCACCGACACUGUAUGGAAAAUUUUUGGUAUUGUUUUGUGUGGUACCGUUGUAGUAACAGUUUUCAUAAUCACAAUGUGUAUGAUCAUAUUUUAUAAUAAAAACAAUGCUAUCAACGAUGACGGUAUCGAUAGUGUUCAAUAUUAUGAUGGGUACACCAGUGAAUCAGACAUUGACCAAAAUAAUCCACGGUAUGGUCCUAUACAUAAUCAUAAGAAUGCGUACCCUCAAAAUAAUGGUCAUAAUUCACACAGAUCUCAUCGUCGUCGUCGUCAUUCAAGCGACGAAUAUUCGUCGUCUUCUCCAUCUCUAAAUGAGAAUCAGCCAGGAAGUCCGAUCAAACUAUUAAUUGAAGUAAACAAUAAACCUGGCAGUAAUGACCCGGUAGUAACUGUGAGUAAUCCAAAUCAAACGUGGCAAACACAAUCUCAACAACACAUUCAACCUCGUCAUGUUUAUUCAAACCCGGCACAAUCUCAAGGACCACGUCCAAUGAUCGUUGAAGUUCUUGAUAAUCCAAUACAGUCACAGAAUCUACGGUCAAACUCGGUUGUUAAAACUAAGAUAUCAACAAUACAAUUACCACAGCAACAACAACAACCCUCUUGGUAUCGUUCAGCUGGAGGACAACCACGCAAAAAACACUUGUUGCCGAGCAUCGAUUAUAUUGAACAGCAAGACCAAAUAAAACGACAAUCACUAUCUCCAGAACAGAAAAUCAUUCCACCGCACGAAUUCUAUGAACUUGACAAGUAUUACUGA